GGGUGCAGCUCCAGGAUCGGCCUGGGAGGGGCCACCAGACCAUCGUCUUGUCUGCAGGCCUGGCCUGUGUCCUCGGGGCCUGGGGAACAGCCAUGUCCUCUCCUGCCCUGGGGCCAGUGGACUUUCCUUGGGGGUCACUGCUAUUUCUGCCAAAGGGGAGAGGUAAUUAUAGCUCAGCCCUUGCCAGCUGGCCGAGCUCCACAACCCAGCAGAGGGGCCUGGGGCAGGGACGCAGGCCAGCCGUGAAUGGCCCUGCAGUCUGGUGGGCUGCACCUCCAGACCAGAGCCAGCAGGAGGCUGGGCAGACGCGGCCCCAUCCACCUACGCAGCCCAGUGCCCGCCUCCCCAGCGGACAAAGGGGUGCCGCCCUCCGAGACCUGCAGGACCAUGCUGGACAGUGCCCGCUGGGGGACGCCACGGAGCCUUGCUGCCACUGUUUCUCAGUCUCAGCCGAAAGCCAGGACCAUGUUACAGUAAAUGAGGACUGCAGCGCAAGCCUUGAGCCCCGACUCCCGGCCAGAGACAAGACAUCAGGCCAGAAAGAAUGCAAAGGCCACUCCAGGCUCACCGGUGCCCAGGACAGGAAGGGAGGGCGACAGGGAGAGCCCCCCUUCGAUCCUGAGACGAAGCCGGCCGGAGCACCGCGGCCAUGGGGCCGAGCCACAGAGGACCUCGAGGCACGUGCGGUUCCACGAGCCCCUGGAGGUGGCCGUCCACUACAUCGCCGGCAGGGAGCCCACUGCCACCGCCAAGGCGCCUGGCCGGCACAGUGCCCGCGGCGUCCCCCUGCUCCUGCGGCUGUCCGUGUGCGCCCUGCUGGUGCUGGCGCUGGGCCUGUACUGCGGCCUCGAGGACAUCCGGGCCUGGCUCCUCGUCCUCGUCCUGCGCCUCCGGCAUGCAGCCCUCGCCUGCUGGCACUGCCUCCUCCAGCACUGACGGGCGCCAGGCCCUCGCCUCCAGCCCUGCGGCCCCCGGAGGGAAGGCCUGCAAGGGGGAGCCCAGAGUGGCUCUGAGCGCGCUGGCCUGGAGCAGCAUAGAGUGAACCUGGGGGAUGCAGGCAGCGCCCACUGGGAAAGGGGGCCCCAGGACUUGAGAUCAGACAUGGGGCCUGUGGCCUCGGGCUGGGGCAGGUGGCCCAGCCCCUGUGCUUUCACAGGCCGGACCUCCUGGCAGGCUCUGUUAGGAAAAGGACUCCACGAUUGGGACCCACGUGCUUCCGCCUCCUGGGCCAGCCGUCUAGACGCCUCUCUGUGCCAGGGAUGUGGCUGCAUGUAGCCCUCAGGGACCGGGACCCCUCAAAGAAGGUGAAACCGGCCUUUUACCGCUUACGGCCUGCAGGGCCCACACCUCAAAACCCCAUCAGGGGAGACAGGUCUGGCUGUGGGGGUGGGCGGCAGUCCCUCCCCAGACCCCCUGAAGGCCCCUGAAGCCGUGUGCAGAGCAGGGCCCCGGCACGCCCACCUUGGUGGUGGUGUUGGCACCCAGGUCUGACCCUGUCCUGCCUCCAGCCUGGGGACUCUCACCGCCCUACUUCCCAGAGAAAUCUGAAUGUGCCAUCCAUCGUCGCCUGUGGAAGCCACGUGGGAGUGGGGGUUGUGCAGGCCUGGGGUGGUGGACCCGUGGGGGGCAGCUCCUAGUUCCUGGAGGCUCGGGAACUCAAGGUACAAACACAAAUGUAGUUUUUAAUCUUAAAGGACGAGCAGAUAAAACUCUGAAAUGAAGUGAGCUGA